GCACCAAAAGCCACAGAGGCCUCAAUUAACGAUCUCACCCUGAAUCGUAGAAUUUGUCACUAUGGCCGUCCUCGGCAACGACAAAAGAUGGCUUGUAACUCUUGCUGCUUUAAACAAGGUCCUGGCCCCUGUUUUACGGGCUAUAGUGAAACAAGGAAUGGACUACUUCUACGAAUUCGUAGAUAAUCACCUUAAUGGCCUGCUGACACCAUGCAGUCUAAAAACACUGACCAAAACGGAUGUAUGCCAUCUGGCAGCCACUCCGAGUCUGGCUUCUGCGCUUAAAGACUUGAAUUUUGGUAACAUUAACAACAAUUCUGGAAAAAACAAAGCGGCCUGCAACUGCACUGUCAACAGCUCAGUUGAUCUUGCUAAGCUUUACCUCCCAAACUACCUUGCAAAGUUCUCGGCAUUUGACAAAUCCAUGGACUUGUCUGCCGCUCUUAAUCUUUUGGGAUAUAGAAAGUACCGCAGCCAAAUAUUCCUUUCUUCCGAUCCUUUGCAUAAUAUCCAGUCAAUGGCGGAUGAUGUCCGAGAGAAUGUUAGGAAUCCAGCCAGCCAUUUUGAUGAGAGCCACUGGUCCCAAAUCGUCUUUGAUCAAUGCUUUGACAAGAUUAAGGCCCUAGUCCAGUGUCUGCCUCUAAAUGCCGUUAAAGAGAAGGAGCUUUUGGAUCAACUAUCCGAAUGGAAAACCAUAGGUUUCCAACUGAUUGUUGAUGAAGAUGUGAAAGACCUGAUGGAACAGUUUCAAAAUGAUAAACCAACGAGGGACGAGAUAGAGAAAAUCAUGGAAAAGCACUCAACCCGCAAUCGCACUUUCUUCUCCGAAAGAAUGGAUACAUUUCAAAAUGUUGUUUUAAGUGAGCUGCAAGAAAUCAAAGCUAUCACUCUUCAUCAAGAGAGCAGUAAGAGUGUCCACGGUUCGGGAUCAAGCGUUUCUCGCACAGAGGCCACUUCAAAAUCCAAAGAGAUCCGCGACACCAAAUUAAAGGUGACCUUAGCAUUACUGAUGAUUAUGGUCAAAGGUUUAAAGUUCUUCGUUAACGAGAGUUAUGGCUUUCAACAACAGAUAGUGAACUAAGUGAGAUGAAUAUUGAGGUUUAUAAUCCACCAAAUAUUUUUGCGCGCGAUUGGUGUGAACGCGGCAAGUGACAGACAGAAUAUGCCCCAUUUACAUCCCUCUAAGGUACGACCUGCUUUUUAAACCUUCGGUUCAAUACAAUAAAAAUGUUCGUGUAAAAUUUAAUACUAGACGAGAAUGUGUUUUGCCUUUCUCACAGAAGAAGAGCUAUGUUUGUGAGUUCUGUAAUUUGUAAUAGGGAACAUUGAAAAGUCCGUGA